AUGACGACGAACGGAGCCACCAACUUUCUCUUUGAUCCGGCAUUGCUGCCGUCCACGUACAAGAAGCUGCCGAAGCAUAUUACGAUGAGGCCAUUGAGCCGUGACGAGAAUUUCGCAAAAUACAUGGACCUCCUCGAUCAACUCGCUCAGCCAGAAACAUCGAACGGUCCUCGUCCAUCUCAAGCAGAGGCCCAAGCACACUUCGAUGAUAUGAAGAGAGGUGGGGUCACAUAUGUUGUCAUUGCGGAGGACAAGGGAACUGGAGAUGUUGUUGCGACGGGUACGGUGCUUAUUGAGCAAAAGUUCAUCCGGAAUGCAGCCAAAGCGGCGCAUAUUGAGGACAUCGUGGUAUCGAGCACGCAGAGGGGCAGCGGUCUCGGCUUGAUGUUCGUCAUUGACACCCUCAACCACCUCGCCCGUGAACUGGGCUGCUACAAGACGAUUCUGGACUGUGCUGAGAAGAAUGUAGGGUUCUACGAGAAGUGUGGUUUUACGAGAUCGGGCGUGGAGAUGAAGAAGUAUCAUCGCAAGGGGUAA